AGUGUUUGGGAGUCAGUCUGAACUUUUCCUCGUCUCGCAUCAGGGAGAUAAUCGCCUGUAUCGGCGCACCGUUGUUCUCAUAGCAGAGCCCUCCUAUCUCCUCUCUACCCCUCCAGCACAUCACACUGACUGAUCCAGAGUCAGCAGCUGCUGCUCCUCUCCCCUCUCUUCUUAUAAGCGGCGCUACACCGCGCAGAGCUCCAGCCGCGCUCUCUCCACUUCGGGAUGGACUUGUCUUGGUCUCCUUCUGCGCAUCGCUGUCUCCGUCUGUAGUUCGGUGGGAGUUCCCGGCAGGAGGGAGCAAGCGCGGGUCUUUGCUCUGCUUAAUUUUAUUUUAUUUUAUUUUAUUUUUUUUAACUGAACAGCCACUGCACAAUCAUUUCCGAGCGGCAGUUCAGAAAUGGGAAUGUAUUUGCAUCUGCUGCUCUUGCAGGGUUAUUUUGUCUCGAAUUUUUUGUGCAAUGCCGUUGCUUUCGUGGAGGAGCCCGCCGGAGGGAGGUCGGACGGGUACUGCGGGCGGAUCCUCCGGGCGCAGACGCAGGGGACCCGGCGGGAAGGGCACCACGAGUUCAGGAUCAGGGUGGAGGGGGACCCGGAGACCUACCAGCCGGGCAGCACAUACAGAGUGGUGCUUCUAGCCAGCAGCCCUGCUUAUUUCAGAGGCUUUACUCUCAUCGCGCUGAAGGAGGGCAGAGAGGGCACCACAGACGAAGACUUCGCCGGCCAAUUCCAGAUCAUCGAUAAUGAUGACACCCAGUUCAUGACCAACUGCCCUCCUGCGGUGACGGAGAGCACACCUCGCAGAAGAACCAGGAUACAGGUCUUGUGGACCGCACCACCCAGUGGUACUGGGUGUGUUAUUCUCAAGGCCAGUAUUGUCCAGAAAAGAGUCAUCUUUUUCCAGGAUCAGGGCUCUCUCACCAUUCGACUGUGUGAGAAAGAGCGUGUUCCCGGUGAAGUCACAGAAGUACCUGCAAUCGAAUGCUGUGCUUGUGGAACUGCUAAAUAUAGACUUACCUUCUACGGCAACUGGUCAGAAAAAGUACAUCCAAAAGAUUAUCCAAGACGUGCCAACCACUGGUCUGCCCUGAUUGGUGCGUCCCACUCCAGGAGUUAUGUGCUGUGGGAAUAUGGCGGCUUUGCCAGUGAAGGAGUUCGACAGGUGGCUGAACUCGGCUCCCCCAUCAAGAUGGAAGAAGAGAUUCGGCAGAAG